UGGACGGUAGCGAAACAGCCUUUCAGGCAAAACUGAGGGACGGCAUGCGGCCGCUUAUUCAAUGCUGCUGCUGGGGCUCUCUGCCAAACACAGAAUGGACUGUCAACAGAGAAACAUGGCUACCUCUGCCACGGGCAAGGCGAAUAACAGAGACAACCCUACUACAGACAGUCCGAAAUGUCACGAAGAGUAUCUGUCGCAGUCACGGGAAAUAAUAAAACCCACCAUCAUGGAGCUGACCAAAGAAGUGAGGACGAACAUCCUCUGCACAGUGGAAGGAUGUGGCAAGAUUCUCCCCAACACACCUGCACUGAACAUGCAUCUCGUGAAGUCACACAGAAUCAAGGAUGGUAUUGUCAAUCCCACGGUCAGAAAGGACAUGAAGGGCUCUCAGAAGCUUUACUGCUGUCCCAUCGAGGGCUGUCCCAGGGGGCCCAACAGACCCUUCUCCCAGUUCUCCUUGGUUAAACAACACUUUAUGAAGAUGCAUGCAGAGAAGAAACAUAAGUGCUCCAAGUGCAACAAUGGCUACAGCACAGAGUGGGACCUAAAGAGGCACAUAGAGGACUGUGGGAAGACCUACCACUGUACAUGUGGUUGCCCCUACGCCAGCAGGGCUGCUCUACUCUCACAUAUCUACAGGACAGGACAUGAGAUUCCUACAGAACACAGAAUUCCUCCAGUAAAAAAGCGGAAGAUGGAAAAACUAUUAAGUGGUUCUGAAAAGGCUAAGACCAAUGAGUCAACCUUUCAGAUCAUAUCUACUGCUAAAGAGCUGACAGAGACUGCUCUUCCCUCUCAUUCAACUGUUCACAUCCAAGACUCAGUGAGUAAGAACUCCAAGCCCCGUAAGAGCCUCCAGAAGUUGCUUCUUCCAAAGCCCAAGAUGGCAUUGGUCAGUGUUCCUGUGAUGCAGCUGGCCCACUUGCCUGUCCUCCUUCCAUCCACAGAAUGUGGGGCUCUGAGGUCUGUGGUGCUGGCUGUAGACAGCCAAGGUUCCGUCAGCACCCUUCACCUCCUGCCACAAGCCCAGCUUGAUGCUAAGAGUUUGGCCUUCAAGGAUAGCAUGCCUACUUCCCGCUCUAACCUGGGGCCCAUUAGCACAGGGGUCCAGGUCAGUCUUGACCCUGCAGGCGCAGAGGACUCACCCGGCAGCCUGGCGGGACAACGGGGAAGAAGCACCUCCACCAACAUUCAGACAGACAAAUCAUACUUGUCAAAAAUGCCCACAGGGGUGGGUGCUGGGGAGGGAAUAGGCUUGUGUUCUGUGGGUGAGUCCUCAGUCUCGUCCUGCUCCCAAACAGACAUCAGUGUGAGUGCCCAAGUCCUCCUCCCGGUCAGUGUUGAAACCCAGACAUUCUCCUCCCGAGCCAAAACCACAUCCUCUAUUGGAGCUCAGACAGACACCCAGUGCCUGAGCCAGAUUCCUUGCUCUUCCUCAUCUGUUCCCCCAUACAAAACCAGGCAGACACAGACACACUUUGCCAUGCCACAAUCAGAGGAGAAAGCUCAGGACCAGAGUAUCAUCUGCACUGACCUGUUUGGCAAUGACUCCCUGAGCGUCUCCACCCAGACAGCUCUGGACAUAGAUGACACCCUAACUGCUGCCGGAAGCAGUAUAUAUGAGGACUCAAAGUCGGUGGGUGGUAUGUGUUUCGGGGUGCAGACAGAUGAGCUCAACUCAAACAACAUGGCAGACAACCAGACCCAAACAAUGACCUUGUUAAAUGACCUUGAAAACAUUCUGUCUGACAGCAUGUCAGGCCACCAGGUUCUCACUGAGGCCUCUGCAGGCUGUGGUUCAGGUCUGGGCUCUGUUCAGGAGCAACACAAUGGCAUAGACUUUGACUUCGAAGAGUUCCUCAAUGCUGUGCAUAUCCAGACACAGACAGAGGAGAGCGAGCUGGGAGGAUUGGGUAGUGACGCGCCUCUGGAGUCUCUGGACAUCCAGACCCAGACAGACUUCCUCCUGAUGGAUGAAUUGGACCAAAGUGAGGGACCAAGUCGAACCCAAGCCAGUGACCUGGAGCUAUUUGAUACUCAAACUCAGACUGACCUCAAUUUCCUGCUGAACGCCGGAAGCCACAUGCCCCUGAGCAGCAUCCUGCGACAUUCAAGCUUUUCUAUGAGCACCGAGUCCUCAGAUACAGAAACACAGACAGAUCUCCCUUCAUUUGCCACUGGCCUCUCUGCUCAGACCCCUGUCAGUCAGGGUGAGCAUGCAAGGCUGCUGAACAGCACAGAGACGCAGACUGUGACCAGCCAGGCAGAAGGCCUGGGACACCUCUUCCUGACCAGCAACGAAACCCAAACUGUCAUGGAUGACUUCUUGUCAGCUGACCUUGCAUGGAAUAUGGAGUCCCAUUUCAGCUCUGUGGAAACCCAGACAUGUGAGGAGCUUUGUGCUCUCUUUCAGCACCCUGAGAAACCCAACAGCUGAAACCCUGUGUGAAGCUGCCUAAGCUUUUGCAGUACAGGUUUCUGAUAUCUGCCUCUUCCUAUAAGAGGAAUCAGUCUAUGCUGUCCUCUGGCGGACCAUAGUCUUAACAGUAAGAAGUCUGCGAAAAUGUUUUUGAACAUUCCACCGGGACAUCAUGUCCAGAGCCUUUCGAGGUAGAUAUCCUACCUGCUCUGCUGCACUUUAUUAGUUCACUGGGCGUGGUUUAUCAGCUCCUCUGACAGUUUACAUAUUUAUUUGCACAUAAACUAACAUAUUGUAUGUGUCUUGUCUUAAAUGCCAGUUUACUUCUAAAUUUCAGUGUAUAACCACUGUGAUUGGUUUUCACUGUUUGGUCUUAUUAGCGUUUUAAAAGUGACUGAACAUUUUAUCAAUGUUAUAUCUGCGCUUAAAAGGGAUGACAUCUUUAGCUGGGCGCGGCUGUCAAGAAAAGGCUUAUAAAAUUUUAACCCUGUAUGACAGCUUUCCAAUAUCCAUAUACUGCAUGAAUACAAUUUCAUCUCAACUUUACAGUAUACAAUAUUAUACAUUUAGUUCAUGUAUGUUCAAAAUUAGCAAAGAGCAUUCAGUGGCUCAGCAGCACAUACAUAAAAUUUCUAUUCUCAGAUUGCGAAUUCGAUGGAUGCCUCUUUGAUGUUCCCUCGUCAGCGGCAGAAAGACUGUAUGUACGCUCUGAAUUACAUCGUGCAAGCUUUGCAGCCAGUGGAAAACUUGACCAGUGGUAACCUAUCAGCUUUAUGUUUUACAGAAUUAAACCCCAUAAAGCCUUCAACAAUGAGCAAGGCUUUGAUCAAAGCUGUUAAGAUGCAUCUCGCAAUAUACCAUUACUCAUACAGAUGUGGCACAAGUACAAAUUAAAUGGUUAUGUCUUGUCAAUUGCUGCACACCUUUCAUUGAAAUGUGAUUGUGAAGUAUGAUGUUUUGUAAACACCUGUUUGUGUCUGGGUCUCUAUAGCUAAGCAGUCAGUUCAAGUCAGUAAGCAAAAUAGGCUGUCAUGGUCUUUGACUUGUUCAUUAGCUCGGUGGAGGUGUCUACAUUAGCAGUGCUCUGUGCUGAAGUGAUCCAGUAAUGUUAACAGUACAGAAAUACAUCUUGGAUUCAAGCUAGGAUUAGCACAGAGUUACUGUAUGUAUUCACCACCUGAUUUUGACUGAAAGGAGGCCUGUUGAAUAUCUUCUAUGAAAACCAUUUGAGUUUUCACCCUUAACAAUUUUUGACACAGUAUUUUAAUUUAUUUUAAUUGUUUUUAAUCUAUUCUCCAAGCAACUGAGCUUAAUGUUUUGAUAGUGUUUUUUUGUUAUACUGUUGCACUGAGUUACCUCAUUAAGCACAGGCACCACAUACAGACUGUGUUCCAUGGGGAACAUUGAGCUGUAGGCCUUGUUUGUUUGUUCAUUUUGUUGCGUUGGUGCCUUAACCCAAGUAUUGACUUUCGUUCUGUUACAGACAAUUGAAUUUGCUGCUUUGAGGUAAAAUAUUUAUCAGAAUUAUACAAGAAUAUGUUUUGGAAAAUGACACUGAAAAAUUGUCAAAAUCCUUUCGGUCUUUGUUUUGCAUGAUUAAUACAUUUUUUUAUUGGUAUUUUCAUCAUGGUUGCAUGACAUAUUGGAAUGCCCCUAAUCGUUCUCCAUAGUUUUUAUGGAAAGAUUUACGUUCUGUCACGUGAAAAUAAUGCUAUGCAGCAUUUUAUUGAAGAGAAUGUUAAUGCUGUUACAGUUUAUAGAUGUUUGUAGAAACUGAAGAAUGUACAGAACAUGACAUUGUGCCCAAGUAUAUUAUGCUAAAUUUUUUGCACCAUAUCUGAACAGUUUAAGCAUUAAUUUCCCUGUGUUAAGAAGUAUUUUGACACUCAUAUUAAAUGUAAACAUUUCUUGUAUUGAGAUGAGUACAUCCAGUUUGUGGUUUCUGAAUACAAAUACAGCAUAGCUGCUCCCUGCUGGUUUAGUAGCCAGGGGAAAAUGCCUUGCUGAAAACAGAACUCUGUGUAGAAGCCUUGUGAGUCUCCAGUGUAAGAUACAGUCCUUUAUUUUCUCUCUGUAGGGAGUGCAUGCAGAUAUUUUCCCAGCACAAAAAUAUUUGUUUUAACUGAAAUUGAGUUUUCUUGCCUGUAUGUGUAGAGUUAAUGCUUGCCUUGAUUAAUUGUUGAAGCUACACUGCAGAUGAUCUUAAUAAACUGCUGGAAAGUA